GGGAAAGCAGAAUAUGAGCUCAUUGAUGGCAACAUUAAACGAACUAUCACAACACAACACAACACAACACAACACAACGCCGCACCCCCGCACACGAUCCAUUUUGACAGGUGAGCCUUAGCCUGCGUCUUUGGGUUGGGCUCUCUCUCUCUCUCUCUCUCUCCCUCUCCCUCGCUGAGUGGAAAUGGGAAUCACAGGGUCUUCGUCGCGAUAGUGGACGCACUGGUGCCUAUCGUGCGCACCAGCUUAUAUCGCGCGCACCCUCUCUCUCCUCUCUCUCUCUCUCUCUGCCGUCCUUGUCCCUUUUCUCUCCCAGUUUUCCUUAUCCGUCCCUUUUCUCGGUGGCAAUGGCUCCGGGCUUUCUCGACUGAGAAAAUGCGAGAAAAUAUCAAGUGGGUCCCUCGCCAAACCUCUGUUCUUCGAGCUUUCGGGGCUAACGAUUUCAACAAACGUGGCCGCUGAUGUUAUUUCACAUCCAUUACGCUACCCCCAACUUGCCCACUUUCAGUUACUUGGACUCUUCUCUCUCUCUCUCUCUCUCUCUCUCUCUCUCUCUCUCUCUCUCUUCUUUACUUUUUCUCUCUUUCUCUAGAAGAGAUUCUUCUUCUUCUUCUUCUUCUUCAUUAGAACAGUUCGAGAAAGGGGGUAUGCUUUUGAAUUGACAAAGCUUGGAGCUCGUUGGAGGCGCUGGCAUCUAUCCUUCUUCCACUUGCAAACUUGAUUACUUGUGUCACGCAACUGAGACAAGCAGAGCUCUUGAUUAUCCACGCUGGCCUUGAAUGCAUUUUAUUAAGGUGAGAGCCAAGGGAGAAUAAAUUUGUAGUGAUUAAUGUGCUUUGUUUAUCUCAAGGCGGAAGAUGGAAAAUAAAGUAAUCAGUGCAAAGAACAAUGGUCAGGUGGAAGAUGAUUCUUUGUGUAGUUUGAGCAAGAGCAUGAAGUUAUUUGAAGACAAUUGUGUGGGUCUUUCUGAAUCUAAAUUCAAUACUUUGGUAAGAAGGGUGAAGCCCAAAUAUAAACUGAUACUGAAUUCCAAGAAAUUGCAAAAUCGGAGAAGUUGUAUUCAGGAGUCAUUUCUUCAAAGUAUUCAUGGAUUAAACAAUAGCAUUCCAAAGCACAUUGUGAGCCUAGAUGAAAAAUAUCUCCGGCGUUGCUUGGAAUUGAUUCAUAACAGCGCAUCAAAAGCUAUCUCAUGCAGUAUAUCUGUGAGCUUGAGCUCAUCAAAGAUGGGUUUUUUGUCUGACAGCAUGAAUUCAACUAAAAUUAGAGAUAGAAGUACAUGUGAUCUGUCUAGAUUUGUUAUUGAGUGCCCACGAGCUCCUGGAACUGAAACUGUAGUAAUAAACCCAGCAGGGCAGUGGAUUGUAGGCACAAUCACAGGGAGCAAGAGUAUGAGUAACAUACUAAAGAGCCCUUUGUUUCGUCACUGUGCCACCUUAGAUGGCAAUGUGAACUUCGAAAGGAGAUUGAUUGAUGCUAAAGAAUCAGUAUGCUCUGAUGUUAUAAGCUCUCCUGGUGGUUCAACUGUCAGUUCAUCACAGACGCUUCAAAAGAAGGCAGCAAUUUUGGGAAACCAAAGAUAUGUAACUGAGAUGGGACAUAAAAGGCUAGUUUCUAUGUCAAGCACAAACUCUUCAUGUUCUGAUCAGUCGUCUAGUUCUUCUUCUUCAUUUGCUCAGGCAACUGUUUCGCAGGGUAUGCUUCAAUGCACAUGGAAGGGUGGGAUCCCACAUUUUGUUUUCUCUAUAGAUGAUCAGAGAGAGAUCUAUAUUGCUAACUUGUGGAAGGUUGAACCACCAGAUGAUAAAUCUCUUGACUACAUUUAUUUGUUUCAUUCAGGAACGAGAGGCCAAAAGGAACACGAGGCCCAUAGUAAUGAAUCAGAGAUUGUUGGUAAAAUGAAGGUAUCAAGUUCUUUUAGACUCUGCCCAAAUGAUUCAAAAAUCAUGGAGACUGAGUUUGUUUUAUUUGGUGCUGCUGAAAAUCCUGUGGGAGAGGUGCCUACUUCAACCCAUAACCUUAAGAAGAACAAGGGUUUUUCAAAGAAGAUAACAAAAGCAUUUAGGACCAGUCACUUAUCCAGGCACAGAACAACCUCCAAAUUUGAUGGAACUAGUACUAUUCUUGAAAAUCAAUCUUGGGAUCCAUGCCAAGAUGCCAGUAAGAAUCUCAAUCGUUUAAGUGGUGCUAAUCUUAUAAAUAAUGAUCUUCCACCAAAUCUUGAAUUGGCUGCCAUUAUUGUGAGAGAUCAUGUCCACAACAAUCAUCAGAAGGCUGAGGUUGGAGGUUGGGGCUUGAAAUUCCUCAAGAAAUUUGGGGUUAAGCAGACCAACCCUCGUCUAGAGGCAUCAGUAUCCUCUGGAUGUUGUCUACAAAGUACUGGUGACUGCUCAACAAAUAUGGAUAUUCUUGUUCCAGCAGGUAUUCAUGGUGGGCCAAGAACAAGGAAUGGUGGCCCUUCUGGUCUCACUGAAAGAUGGAGAUCUGGAGGCUGCUGUGACUGUGGUGGCUGGGACCUGGGGUGUCCGCUUACAAUACUCAACACCAGAUCGAGCAAAGAGGUGGUUAUACCUCAAGAAGAUGCACAGAGCGAGUGCAAGUCCUUUGAUCUAUUCUCACGGGGUUCAGAGCUAACUGUACCCACCUUGAGAAUGGUGAAUAUCCAUCAGGGUUUGUAUUUUAUUCAUUUCCAAUCAAGUUUGUCCGCUUUGCAGUCAUUCUCAAUUGCAGUAGCAAUUAUCCAUAGCCAGAGUACCACUUUGCGACCGAAAAAUAUACAGGAGUCAAACUAGCAAGAAUGAAGAAGGAAGCUACACAGUUGUAACUCACUUACCAAACCAUAGCAAUGAGAAACUUGAAAUUAGAUUAGUUAUAGAUGAAUUGAGAUAUCCAUUGAUUUGUCUUGUGGUUGUUGAUUUUUCUAUUAUCAGGCUUGUUUCAGUGUAGUUCGUAGUGAAUAGGAGCACUACUUUUCCUUCAGUUCUCAGAAGGAAGAAAUUCUGUAAUAAUCUCAUUUUGUUGUUGUUUGACUGAAUAUAGAAGUUUGCAUUAUGGUUAAUUUUAUCAAAUUGUUUGAUCAAAA